GGCAGCACCACCUCUCACGCGCUGCUGAUCUACUGCAUUUACACGGAAGAAGAAGAUUCCGGGGCAACAGCUAGGCAUCAACAUGCCUACUGCUGUGAUGAUGGAGGAAAACUAUGACAAAUUGUUAGAGCAGUGUGAAGCUCAAGAGCUCGAGGCUCCAGGGGGCAUCGCAACACCUCAGGUCUACGCUCAGCUGCUGUCCCUCUAUUUACUUCACAAUGACAUGAAUAAUGCCAGGUAUCUAUGGAAGAGGGUUCCCCAGGCGAUAAAAUCGGCAAACCCUGAAUUAACAGCUAUCUGGGCUGUUGGCCAGCGCAUUUGGCAGCGGGACUUUCCCGGGAUCUACACGACAAUCGCAGCUUACCAAUGGACAGAGAAUAUUCUUCCGGUCAUGGAGGCCCUUAGAGACAGCACACGGCAGAGGGCGUACAGCCUCGUGGCCCAGGCCUACACCUCCAUCACGGCAGACGACUUUGCUGCCUUUGUGGGCUACUCUGUGGAGGAGGCAGUGAAGGGUGUGGUGAGCCAAGGCUGGCAAGCAGACCCCACGACCAGGAUGGUGAUGCCCAAAAAGCCCGAUCCUCCUCCUGUCUCACUGGUUCCGAACGAGCAGCAGUUGGCAAGACUGACUGACUACGUGGCUUUUCUCGAGAACUGAUAACCCACCUUGACCACUGCCACCUUUCUUCGCCCGCUUGGUACUUGAGGGAGGACAGGUUCGGAUAGACACUUCCUCCAUCCUACUUCCUGGGCAAAGUCCCGCUCCCUGGUAAAGACGUACCAACGACACACCCAUCAUCUUGCAUGAGUGCUGCGAGCUCCUCUCUGAGACAUACCUAUUAUGUUCACUGACUACGAUAGCUCCCCCUGUUAAUUCUUCUCCUAAAAAAAUCAUUAUCUUUCAGACCACAAUGUUGUAUUUAUAUUUUGUGUGGACUUUGCAAGCCGUCUGCUCUCAAAGGAGGUAUGAGGAAGUAUACUUCACAUCACUGUCGGUAAUACAAAUACAAAAAAAACAUGUACAGUACAUCCAUUCUGUUUGAGCACUUAGUAGUGUCCUUGAAACGGGCGUCAGGUGACCGGAGUGUCCGAAUGCCUGCAUCAUUGUGGAGUUCGGUCCUCAGAACUCAUAUUUUGAAGUUUAUGUUUUGACUGGUGAAUAAAUAUUUAGCUGUUUCUA